AUUAUUUUUGUACAGCACAGCUGCAUUUUUAAAGCAAAAGCAAAGCGUUCCUUGAAUUUAAAAUUUCCAAUUUGUAUUUGACUUAUUUUGUAUGUUUGUUUAAGUUGUGUUUUAUAAAUAAUAACAAAGAAAAACAAUGGAAGAUAAAGAGUCUAGGCCCAUCUUGAAAACUCCCAGGCGAACUAGAAAUACGUCGAUCUUAGAGUUGCAUAAAUCUCCGACCAUAGAAGAAGAUGAAUCAUCGGUGGAGAAUAAGUUAGACUCAGUGACCCCCGCUCGAUCGACACGAAUGGUCGAUCUUCGUACUCCAAGUCGUCCGGAGACGCCUUCUGCAACACAAACUCCGCGUCGCAGUUGCCGCAAAUCAAUCAAACCAAUUAAGGAAUAUGAAAAUAUAGUUGCCCAGAAAUGUCUCAGUGCGAAACAUGUCAUAUCCGUAGAUCCCACUAAAAGUGAAGACGUCGAUGAGGAAGUUGCUGCCUCAACGACGACGUUUGAAGAACGUGAGACCAAGUGGAUCCCAGCUGACAUAGGUCGUGUAUCAUCCAAGAGAAGCAAGAAGAAGCGCACAAAGUCUAAACGAUUGGCACGUCAGAAAAAAGUAGUCGUAGCAGAAGACACCGAGGAUGGAAUGGAAGUCGAGCAGAGUGACAAAACGGGAGAAGACUUGGAGCACAAUGAUUCGAAGGACAAUGACAACAAAGAAAACAUAAAGGACAACAUAAGUGUUGUUGUGGAGGCGGAGGAGAAGGAGGAGUGUGAGGAAGGGAAGGAGAAAGAGAAAGAGGAGAGGGAGGAAGGGAAGGAGGAGGAAACUAAAAUAGAUGAAAAUCCAAUUGCUUUGGCGGAAGAGACUGAAGAGGUCGAGAUUCCGCCUGCAGAUGGAGUAGCUUUUGAAAUUCCAACUGAACAAAGUCCUUUAGCUGAAUCUGAGGACUCAAUGGACGGAGGAGAUGUCAUUCUAAAUGCAAUGCCAGUAACAGGAGAUGAUUGUAUGCUUAGUCCAGAGAAGCCUAGACUUCAACAAGACUCCAACAUAUCCGUUUCAACUACCCCAGUUGCAGAACCACAGAACCCAAUUACAGAAUCAGAUAAUCCAGGUGCAAACUCGACUAACAAAUCUAACGACAGUGACUGCAUUAUGCUCUCUUUGAACGAUACUUCUUCACAAUCAAGACAAAGUUUAGGUCGUAAGUCAGCUUCAUUUACGGUUGAAUCUAAGUCUGGGGUGAAUGUCUCCACGGAUUCUAUUGGAGUUAAUAUGCCACCUUUGUUGGUGUGCUCCGAUGACGAAGAUGAAGAAAUAGAGUUUGUCGAUGCCCUCAAAAGUCCCACUGGUGAGAAUUUUCAAUUAGCAAUGGACGAGGAAGAGCCUUGUGAAACGAAUGAUGAACCUGAACCAAUGAAUGGAACCUUUACUUCCGACGAACAGGCAAAAGAAAAAGAAGAAGAAGAGUUAAUUGACACUGAAAUGAGUCCUCAAGAAGAAGAAAUACCAACCAUUGAGAGUGUUCUUUUGAGUCCCAAAGAGAUUCGGAAAAUUGUUCUUGGGAUUGAAGAAAUACCCGAGGAGGAUCCUACUAAAGAUUCAUCAAAAGUUUCACCUCUAAAUGGAACAUUUGACGCAGAUGAAUCACCCACGAAAAUACCAGAAACCCCUUGUCGUUCAGUCACCAGCACUGACUUUUCGUCGUCGUCCAUCACUCGAAUUCUAACUCCAUUCAAAUCAGACAAACAAAUUGUCCCAGAUAUAAUCAUUGAACCCGAAGAAGAGCUUGAAAUAACUCCAAAUUUUAUCUAUGAAUCAAAAGAGAAUACACAAUUGAAAGGUAGUCGAAAGCGGUCGUUCUCGUUUUGCGUCAAUAGGCCCAAGAAAAAUGUUACAUUUCAUAGUCCAUCAAAUACAACGAUAAAUAUUAACAUCCACACUGAGCAGCCGACCAAGAUUCCUUGCAAAAGUCCUGCCAAACAAACUCCUAUUAAUGUAACAAAACGUCGUAAGCGUUCACUUUCGGUAACCGAGACCGAAAGAGAUCUUUUGGAUUAUAUUCAAAUGAAAAAACCAUCACAAGAUGCAACUCCCAAAAAGAAAUCAGUUCAUCAAUCAAAAAUUAAAAUGCCCAACUUUUCGAAUAUUCAUCAAAAACAAUUUCAACGAAUGGAAUCAAUAACAGAUCAUGUUGCACGACGAGCUGAACGUGCUAAGGUUUUGAUUAAUUCAACUUCAAAAAUUAGACCAGCUUCCGUGCAAAAAGGACUUCCUCCAAGAAACUUGGUUCUAAAAGAUCACAACAAAGAUGCCAACAAAACACAUCUCCCAAUGCCAAAAGCACGUCACAGAAUUGAUAUGUCUGGAGUUGAAAGCAAAAGCAGCAAAGCCGACAUUGAAAACAAAUUACGCACAAAAUCAAAACAAGAUGUUCGGCCUUUGGAUGAUGUACAAUUGCUUAGUAAAACACCAACUAAAGUCACUGGCGAAAGUAGCACCUCUCUAUUCAAACAAUCAAACAACAUCAAUAAACUUCCAAGACAGAAAUUCAAUUUUAACUUUGAUUCAACAACGUUACCCGCCGCAUGUGGAAAUACAACAGUCGCAUCUGUGCCACAGCGAAUGCAUUUGCCUAAUCCCCGGGAAAACUUUAAUCUUAGUACAACAAUAACAACCACUAAGCCACAACCUAAGGCCGAUAAACUUGAAGAUCGUCGCAAACGAAUGAUGGAAAUGUUCAAGUCGAAAAGCUCACAGAGGGCAGCAACAAAUAAGAAUGAAAUUUUGAAAGGUGUUCGUACAAAUCGAAGAUUUGAACUUCAAAUGAUGUGUAGAAAUCGUCAAAAUUGAAGAGGAAAAGAGAAAGUAAAAUAUAUUACUUAGAAAGGGAGCGAGAUAGAAGAAGGAAAGAGCGGAAAAGAGAUAGUUUAUUUGUUUAAUUGUUUAAAGUUAAAAACUAAUUUAACACAUUUUGCUUGAAGUCAAUAACAUGUUAUUUUUUAAUUAAUAAUUAUUAUUUUAUUUAAAAAGUGGAAGUGGGAAUAUUACUUUCAAUUUAUUUUAUGUUUUUUUUUGAUUAUUUUUUUUUAAACUUUGAAUCCAAAGCAAAAUUGGUUUGUAAAAUAAAUAUGUCUUAAACUUCUACAAAAUAAAACGUUAUAA